AAAUGGAUACGAACGAGUUUUCAUCUGGCCGUCGAGAAUGAUUGUGAUCGGUGCUAUGAAUUAGACGCUUCAGCAACGCCUACGACCACCUGCUAUGGGGCCCUCGCACCAACUUCACGAACAAGCCCAACGUUUCCUCGACCGUACCGACAGCGAUGACGACCGCAACCCCGACGUCGAGCUGUCCCAGCUUGGUGGUGCCGAGACGCUGAAUGGCGAGCGCAUCGCAGCCCAACACUACCGUCUGCCAUCUCAGACGAAGGCAUCUCCCCUACUUGUAGGCCUCGCUCUGCUGUUCACCGUCCUCGGCUUCGUUAUCAACACAGAGGCGACCGAGUAUUUCGAAAGCCUGCUGGGCUGGAAGAAGCCGUUUGCUACCUUGUAUAUCACGCAUAGCGCGCUGGCCUUGCCAUGGUUGUGUCACGUUCUCUACCUCCGCUACCAGAACCGCCACAGUCCUUACGUUCUCUGGGCGAAGGAUUACAACAACCGUCUCCGUGAGGCAAUCAGUACCAUUGAUGCCUACACUACCGACGGACCUCGCAUGAUUUGGAAACUGCGUGGCCAACUGGGAGGACCACUCGACUUUCUCGCCACGGCCAUGGCUAUAGUUACGCUCGCCUUAACGGUCAGCGGCGUCGCCUGGUUCCUCGGCCUCACGCUAACCACUCCAGCGGACUUGACCGCGAUUUACAAUUGCUCAACUUUCUUCGCGGCCGCCUUCAGUGUACCACUCUUGAAGGAGAAGUUGGGAAGGUAUAGUGUAGUUGCCGUCGCGCUCUCAAUCGUUGGAACAUUCAUUAUAGCCUACGGUGACACGACGGCCGAACACCCGCUCAAGGAAGACAGUGCUGGCAACGAGGUCGGCACGUCAAGGCUUCUAGGCAAUCUGAUCGCUUGUGUCGGCGCUCUAGCGUUCGGUUUGUACGAAGUCCUCUUCAAGAAGUGGGCAUGCUCUUCUCGUCCAGUGAGUCCGCAGCAAAGCAUGCCACUAACGCUGGCAGCGAGCGGUCUCCUGGGCUUGUACACCUUUGCUACACUAUGGGUUGGACUUGUGUUGCUGCACAUCUUCGGCAUUGAGACGUUCGUUUGGCCGCGAGCGGAGGUGUGGCUGUGGAUUGUCAUCGCUGUGUUGUCCGGUUCAAUGUCCAUUAACCUACUUGCAGUACUCGUAGUCUGGACCGAUCCAGUCUUCGGGAGCUUCGCCAACGUUCUCAGCGUCUUCUUCGUCGCCCUAGCGGACUGGAUACUCUUCGGUCUCACACCAUCCUUCCCCACAUACGUUGGGGGCGGCGUUGUCAUUGUCGCUUUCGCGCUGCUAAGCUGGGAUACUUUCCGCCACCAGCGAUAACAUCGGCAGACCAUCUUAAUAUCAAGCUUCCACUGCCGAACAGCGGUCUUGACAAACACCGGUGCAACGAUUGCUUCACCCACUACAUCCGUCUCAUGGUCCUCAUCGAUCAGCAAUGGCCAUUGCAUCAUCCCGCAAUUUCGUAAGCCUGCGUUGAUUCUGCUCCUCGAUAUCGGGAUCUAGAUGCCUGUCAACAUUUGUCGUACCUGGCUCUAUCCGCCGGAUGACUUUGGCUGGGUUGCCGGCCACAAUCGUGUUAGGCUUCACAUCCUUGGUCACCACGCUCCCCGCCCCAA